GCCUACGAAACAUAAAUUUACAAAGAACUUUUCUAACCAUCAUUCGAGUCCGAAGAAUGAACAAGAAAGUUCUACCCUUAACUUUUUGUUUAACAAUUCUUUAUCAUGUACAGUUUAUAAAAGCAAAGACAGUUUUUAAAUGUAAAACUUCAUCAGAAUAUAUACGAAAUUUUUUCGUCUGUGAUGGAUAUAAAGACUGCAAAGAUAAUAGCGAUGAAGAAAACUGUGAUGGCCAAUGCGACGAUACAUUGAGAAACUUUAAAUGUGGAAAAAACUUGUGUAUAUCAAAUAUACUUGCUUGUGACAAUAUUAGAAAUUGUCAAGGAUCUGCCGAUGAAAAAUGUUGUGUUAAAAAUGAUGCAAAAUGUAUAAAGAUUUAUCACUAUGGUGGUUUUAUAGAAAAGCAAACGCGAUAUCGUCCUGUUCGACCGGACAAUGACCCUAACACAUGUAGAGGUAGAUAUAGAUGUCUCGGUAAUGGAAAAUGCAUUAACGUUAGAGAAGUUUGCGAUAAUAACCACAAUUGCGGCGAAUUAGAUGAUGACGAAAUGCAUUGUGAGUUAGAGUGUCCAAGCUUAUGUAAUUGCAAUAUGGCUUUCCAUAAUUGUUCAAAUCUAAAUCUCAAAAGAAUACCAGCUUACUCUGAGAAGCAUGAAGAAGUAAAAGCUCUUGAUAUGUCUUUCAAUGCACUAGAAACUGUUGAAAGUGAAUGGUUUAAAUCCAAUAUUACAAAUAAAAUGGGAAAAUCAAAACAAUCAAGAUUGGUCUAUAUACUGCACUUGAAUCUAUCUCAUAAUAAAAUUAAGAGAUUACAUGCGAACAGUCUAGAAAUCCUACUGAAUUUAAAGACUUUGGACUUGUCGCACAAUCCGUUGGAAAGUAUUGAAGACAGUCACAUUUAUAGCGUGGCAAACUUGAACUUUUUAGACUUGUCAUAUACAAAUAUAAGAUCGAUUGAUUUUUCAACUAGCCAAAAAUUUAACGAAUUAGUUACUUUAAAGCUGUCUAACACUAAGAUUACAACGCUAAGCGUUGAUCACUUUGUGGAUUUUGAAUCUCUUAGAGACAUUGAACUACCUCACUAUGCUUUUUGCUGUAAGCUAAAAGAGUACAAGAAUACUGAUCAGAUAAACUGUUCACCAAUGGAAACUGAAUUAUCAACUUGUAGUAAUGCGUUAAAACUUACAUCACUGAGGAAAUCACUUAUAGUUGUAUCAGUAUUCUCAUUAUUAGCUAUUAUAGGAGCCAUAUCUUAUUCUUUCAAAAUUGAGAGUGAUGAAAUACAAAAGUUGAUAAUGGUACAUUUUUUUGUAUCUUUGCUGUUAAUCUCAUUUUCUUACAUUAUCCAAGAUAUCAGCAUUGCAGUAAAUAAUUCAAGAAUAAAUACUAAAUUUGAAAUUACAUCAUCUAUAAUUUGUAAGGCGGCUUCAACAUUCUAUUUAGUUGGACAUGUCUCAAGUCUGCUAAACAGUAUACUUGUCGGUGGUUAUUCUUUGGCGGUUCCAUUAGGACUUUUGAAAGAUUUAAAGUUCGUAAAGAAAACGUUAAGAACUACAUAUGUCGUUAUUUGGUUGUUAGGAAUAGGAAUUUUUGGCGCAGUUAUUGCUGGAAAAGGAAAAUUAGAAAACUAUUUUGUUGAUAUUGACGCUCUCUGUAUACCGAUUAAUUUUCUACUAGAUAAAAAAAGCGAAAUGUUCAAUUUUGGCUUAAUUUUCGUUCCUAGUUUAUCUCUCUUGACUUGUGUAAUAAACUUUAUUUUAAUAAUAAGCACCGCUUCUCUACGAUUGAAAAAUAUCUUGACAAUUCGAAAAGGAUUGAAAGAAAAAGCUAAAAUAAUUAAAGAUGAUGAAAACGUCUAUAACCUCUGGAAGGGAGCAGUAUUCGAAAUGAAGUCUAACGAUAUUGAAAUAGUUGCUUCAUUUACAAUAAUAUGCACAGCUUUCUCAUUUAUAACUCUAAUAUACUCUAUUUUAGGCUUUACACUUUUAAAGAUUAAUGAAAUUAACGUGAUUUAUCCAUAUAUACUUCCCAUGUUACCUCCCAUUGUUACUUUCGUAUGUGCUAUGACUUACAUAAUAGUGGAUCAAAUAGAAAUGAGGAUGGCAAUGAAAGACAUGUUUACUCGUAAAACGUUUAGUGUGUUUAGAAGAGCGGGUGGUGCUUCUAAACGAAUAAGACGUCUCUAUAAAACUCUACCCGAUUUCUUGGAGGAAAAAAUGGAAUUAAAAUCUAAGGAGCUAUUAUUUAUAGCAACCCAUACAAUGUGGAAUAUUUGUCAUAUGCAUAAACAAGGACAAGUCUGCGACAAGUCGGAUUUAAGCUGUCUUAUGAUUGUUACAGAUUUUGAGGGAGCAAUAAAAGAUGUCGAUCUCGUCUGCGGAUCAGAAUAUCCUAAGUUAGAUAUUGCAAAAUGGAGAAUGCAAAGAGAUAUCUUGAUCUUUGGCAAAAUGAUUGAUGAAAUUCUUUUAAAAGGAAAUAUUAUAACUUCUUUCAAUAUAAAACCGGCAGAGAAGCUUACUCCUGGAAGACGAGCCAGAAAUUUGGCAAAUAGACUUACUAAUAAGUUUUCUAUAAUUAAAAGGGGUCAAAAUAAGGAAGGUUCAGAUACUCCAAAGCAAGCGAGGGCAAAACUGAAUCGAAAAGAGGGUAGUAUUGAAUCUGUAGAUAAGAGUGUUCAGCUAGUUGAAAAGAAUAACUGUUCUGGAAAAACGGUAAAUGACGAAAAGCGAACUAAUGUAAAGAACGAUGAGAAAUUAUGCGAAAAAUCUGACGUGAACAUCAAAACUGAUGAGAAUAUAGAAGAACGUAUUGAGAAGCAAGAAAUAGAUAAUAGCGAUUUAUCGAAUAAAGGUGAAAGUGAAUCUAAAAAUCCCUUAACUCAUCAAACGAUAACUCUUGACCUACCAGAUAUUUUGGAAGAUAUUACUGUUAAGAAAUUCUAGAAGGCGUAGAAUGUUAAUGAACUAAGAUGAAGAGAACAGAUACAAUCAUACACUCUACUAUGCCAUAUACAUGCAAUAUAAAUAUCUAUUUAAAUAUACAAGAUGUAUACAUAUUGUGCUUAGCUGUUAAAUCAAAUGAAAAGUUUUAUUUUUUCACCUGUUUUUAUCACAUUGCCAAUUUCAAUCUAAUUAUAAACAAAAAAUCAAUAU